AUGCAUGGGAGAGUUAAAAUUAUACAGACAGCUGAGCAAGAACGAGCUAGAAAGCUAAAAAAAGAUCAAAUAAGUAAAGAAUUCUCAGAAGAAUGUGAGAAGCUGUGGAUUUGUCGUGAAAAGGAGGACUUUAAUGAAAUGCAUUUGGAAAAACUUGGUUCCCUUAUAGAGACAUCGCCAGACACAGCAACCCUGUGGAAUUACAGACGCGAAAUAAUAAUGCAUCUUCUCCGGAGUUAUUCUCACGAUCAAGAAAAGGUUUCGAAGUUAUUUGAAUCUGAAUUAAACCUUACAACUCGCUGUUUAUACAGCUCACCGAAAUCUUAUACUGUUUGGUAUCAUCGUUCUUGGGUUAUGAAUAAUCACACUUCUCCAAAUUGGGAAUCUGAAUUAAAGCUUUGUAACCAAGCGUUAACACAAGAUGAAAGAAAUUUCCACUGUUGGGAUUAUCGCCGCUUCGUUGUUUCCAAGGGUAGAAUUUCAACAGAGUUAGAGCUUGAGUUUACAGACUCUGCUAUAGAAAAAAACAUGAGCAAUUAUUCAGCUUGGCACUAUCGUGGUGAACUUUUAGCUUCCACAUCUAAUGUUUCCUCUGUAUCAUCAUCUGAAAGCCCUAAUCUUCAAAUCCAGUUGGAUAAAAAACAAAGCCAAUCUCGAUUUGACUUUUCAGUACCAAAUGGCGAACUGGAUCUUGUUCACAAUGCAAUAUUUACAGAUCCUGCUGAUCAGAGUCCUUGGUUCUAUUAUUGGUGGUUAUUAGGUCGCGGGGAAAAAAAGGUUUAUUUAAGGGAACUGUAUAUUUCACGGAAGCUGGGAAGAUUUGUUCUUGUUUUCAGCUCUGUGAAGUUGAUUCAAACUUUAGAAGAGUUGCAGGUUUCCAUAAAAGUGUUUCCCUGUGACGGUACAAUUUCUAAUUCUAUAACUUUGACACCUGAGCUUCUUGGGGGAUGGAACUCUGUCCUAGAUGAGCAGUUAUCAGCUGUUUGGUGGUUGCCGCUUAACCAAGAUUUAGUAUCUCGUUACGCUCCUGAUAAUGAUAGGCACUUGUAUCAGUGUCGACCUUGGAAUGUCGUAGCGCAAGUCUGGAUUAGGAAAGCUAAUAGCAAUGUAAACCAGGAAAUCUGUGAAAACAUGCCUGAAAAUUCUGCAAAUUACUUGUUCCUUCAGUGUUGUAUGAAUUCUCAUCAAAAUGAAUCAUUGACACGUGUCACUCUAGACCCUCUAAGAUUGUUAAAUCCUAUGAUUUUGCCCUCACAUGAUCCAAAAGAUUUGGUUGGGGAACUGAAUAUUGUUCGUGACCUGCUGUCAUUUGAACCGAAAAACAAAUGGGCUUUGUUGACGCUUGUCAGUCUCCUUCGUUUUAUUCGACCGCAUAGUUUUCAUGAAGAGGUAAACGAAGCGUUAAAUGUGUUAGUGUCAGUUGACGCUCAACGUUCUUUUUAUUAUGAGCAUUUGCGAUCUUUGUAUGCAGCCCUAGAUGUUCUGGCCCAUGCAUAUGAAAACCAAUCCAGGGAAGUGGUGUUACAUCAUCUGGAUAUGAGUUGCUUUCGUAAUCUUGAUUGGUGCAUCUAUAAUGAAUGGUGA